AGGGUGGAGCAAGAACUAUAAUAAAUAGCGGAUGGAGAAAGGCUCCGGGUCUUAGUGGCUAGCUCAUGUGAGGCUGAGCUAUACAUCCACAUCUGCCUUAAUUAAAAAUCCACAGGGGUUCCUCCCUCUGCAGGUCUAGUUUUUUGAGAAAGACUUGGGGUCUGGGUUCCUCCCUCUGUGGAUCUACUUUUUUGAGAAAGACUUUGGGUCUUUGGUUAGCACACGAGGUCGUGUGCUAGGCAGCCCAAGAUCAAGCCUCAAAUCUGUCUUAAUAAAAUACCACGGUGGUUUCUCCCACUAUCGGUCUGGUUUUAUAAUAAAUAGCAUGUACAUCAGAGACACGUCAACAGGAAACGCUUUGUCUGAUUCUGCCUGAGUCCUUGCAGACAAUUAGUUUUCACAUGACUCAUGCAAUGAAGGCCAGCCGAGAUGUUUAAUCAUGAUGGGCAGCAGUAGAGUGUAUCCACCUUUUCCAUCAACGAGUAUUAAGGUGUUGGCGAUCAACAUAGCCCCAAUUAGCAAUGGAGAGUAUCUGGCAACUAAUUAAUGAGUGGGAAAUUCAGUUGCUAGUGCUUCUCAGCUUUAUCAUACAAGUGUUCCUUUUCUUUACUGGCAGUCUUCGCCGAUGUAGCAAAAACGGGCUACUUAGGGGCACCAUUUGGAUAGCCUAUUUGGGAGCAGAUGUGGUAGCAGUUUAUGCCCUUGGGUUCCUAUCACGACAAGAGGAUGCCAUCAUGGAAAAUGGUACAUUAAGGAGAACCCACCCCCUAGCUUUCUUUUGGGCGCCCUUCCUCCUCAUUCAUCUAGGAGGACAGGAUACAAUCACUAGUUUUGCAAUAGAGGACAACAACCUGUGGCUGAGGCAUCUAUUGAAUCUGGUAGUUGAGGUGACCUUGGCCUUGUAUGUAUUCUGGAAAUCAACUAUUUGGCGCGAUGUGGAACUUCUUGUUCCCGGCAUAUUUGUAUUUGUUGCAGGGAUUAUCAAGUAUGGAGAGCGAACAAUGGCUCUCAGGUAUGGGAACCUUUACAAUAGUAGAUCAGCUGGCAGUUCCUUUUUUAAUGAGAACACUCCACAGAUGGGUCUAUAUGAUGGAUAUUAUGGUUUUAUCUGCUUUGCAUUGCUAUGGGCUUCCGGAAUCCGAAUGCUGUUUGCAAGGCGUAUGACUGACGACAUAGACAGUCAAUUUGAGAGGCCUGCUCGUAUGAACGCGCUUUUUUUCUUUGAUGAGUAUACUACUAACACACUUGAUCACAGCCAGUUGGUCAAGUUGUUAGAUGUAGAGCUUGGUAUAAUAAUGUAUGAUGAUCUCUACACAAAGGCUCCAUUGCUGCGUAAAAGGAGUGGAAUCAUACUCCGCUGCAUCUCUCAGGUGUCUGCUAUUGUUGCUCUUGUGCUCUUCUCUAUUACUAGCAAAAAACAAGGAGAUAGAUAUGGCAGAGCUGACAUUGUUAUCACUUACAUAUUAUUUACCGGAAGUUUACUUCUAGAAGUUUGUGCAAUGAUUACGAUGUUGGCAUCACCUUGGACAUGGGCAUGGCUGGAGGCUGAAGGGUACCAAAGGCUCGCUUCUAUAUCCAGGUUUCUUCUCUCCAGCAAAGUGUUUGGAUUGCCCGAGACUAGGCUGUUGUGGUCAGGAAUAAUGGGGCAGUACAGCCUUUUAAGGUAUAUAGGCUUCAACGAGCAGGUAAACCUCUCCCAGCGAGUGAUGAGCAUGAUCAGGAAGAUGGCUGGAGCAUUGGGCAUUGGGGAGGCGAAGAACCUGUUCUGGUUAAGCAAGCUGUUGGACACCACGAGCGAGGUGGUGGAUGACAAGAUCACAGAGUUUUUAGUGGAGGAGAUUCGACAUUUUACACAUGGGGGCCAAAGGCAGUGGCCACAUCUCGGUCCAUUCUUGAAGGAAACAGUAACAUUGAGGACGGAUUUUGUUACUACCAUAUCUCUGUUGCAUCUAAUGACAGAGAUUUAUUUAAGUGAGGUGUCAGCUUCCACUUCUGGUGACAUUGGCGGGGAUUCCGCUGCUCUAGCCAAUGUCUGCCGGAAGCUCUCUAACUACAUGUUCUACCUUGUUGUUGCACACCCAGCUUCUGCUUCCUUGCUACUGGUAGCCGCUGGCAGUCCUGAAUCUGCAAUAGAGAAAGUUCGUGAGAACUUUUUGGCUGUGUUGAGCAGUAGCAAGGAUGACACUCUGCAUGCAGCCAGCGUGGAAAUCCGGAAAUUAGUUGAGUUACCUUUGAUUGAGAGAUAUGAAGAAACACUUGAGGAGCUGAAAAACAUGUGGCUCAGGCUUCUUAUCUAUGCUGCCGGUAAGUCACGCCCGGAGGAGCACGCUGCACAGCUGGCCAAAGGAGGGGAGCUCAUCACCUUCGUCUGGCUGCUCAUGGCCCAUUAUAAGCUUGGGGAUUGCGGGAGCCAACGGAUCGAUCUUACACAGGCACGAGGAAAUGAUCCGGACAUACCUCCUCUUGCCCUCCGCGCCUUCAAUCUCUAAGGGAUCUACGGCAGCGACUAAUAGGGUACGAAGGCUUGGGGUGGGAGCACUAGGACACCAUUGUGUCAAAUGCAUCCAUCUGCAGAUCCUGGCUGUUAGGGCUACUAUGUGCCACCAAUGCUACCCCUUAUGUCAGUACUACCAUCUAAGAAGUCAUGAGUCAAUUGGUGGAUAAUAGAACUUCUUUCAAUUGUUGAUGUUAAUGAUUUAUGCAAAAGCACUGUAGUGACCAAUUGAACUCAUUAUUUAUGGUGCUAGAAGGUCACCCAAAAGUGCAACA